GCCACUUUUCUAAAAGUAAUUGAUUUUGUGUUCAGGAAGAUGUGGCUAUAAUGAAGGGCCUAGGUUUUGAUGCUUACAGAUUUUCCAUUUCAUGGUCUAGACUGUUUCCGCGUGGCCAUCUUAGUGGAGGCAUAAAUACAAAAGGAAUUCAUUACUACAACAAUCUCAUCAAUGAACUCUUAGCUAAUGGAAUCCAACCUUUUGUGACGUUAUUCCACUGGGAUCUUCCUCAAGCUCUUGAAGAUGAAUAUGGUGGUCUUUUAAGCUCCAAAAUUGUGGAUGAUUUUCGUGAUUAUGCGGAGUUAUGCUUUAAAACCUUUGGUGAUAGAGAGAAGCGCUGGAUAACUUUGAAUGAGCCAUUAACUGUUGCUGAUGAUGCUUAUGCAACUGGUAAAAAAGCACCUGGGAGAUGUUCCGACUGGCUCCCUUAUAACGGCAAUGGUGGCGAUUCAAGUACUGAGCCAUAUAUAGUAGCUCAUCAUCAACUUCUUGCUCAUGCAGCUGCAGUUCAAGUGUACAAGGACAAGUACCAGAUGUCUCAAAUGGGUCAAAUAAGAAUUACUCUAAAUUGUCGAUGGAUUUUACCCUUGACUAACUCAAGUAGAGACUUUAGUGCAGCAUCCCGAGCCAUUUCUUUCCAAUAUGAUUGGUUUAUGGAACCACUGAAGUCUGGUACGUAUCCAGCUGAUAUGGUUGCUCAUGUGGGGAAACGAUUGCCUAAAUUUUCUAAGGAGGAAUCGUUAAUGGUGAAAGGAUCUUUUGAUUUCAUUGGACUAAACUAUUAUACUUCAAAAUAUGGUUUUGAUGUUCCUUGCAAAACUGAAUACUUAAGCUACACCACUGACUCUUGUGCUCAGUCUACAGGUAAGAAACUCCUUCAUUCACGUUUUUAUAUUUCUUUCCAUUGUUAACAAAUUUUCUGCCUUGUUCAUUUCUGAUACAAAGUAAUUUGAUGCAUCAGCCCAGCGAAAUGGGAUUCCCAUUGGUCCUGCGGUAUGAUUUAAUGCACAUAUAAAACAUUACAGCAUGUAGAUUCAAGUUGUAUAUUUCAUGGGUUGCGGUUUCUCAUACUAUAAAUGAAUUUGCAGACAGGAUCA